GAGACUGCGGCGACCAAAAGCGAAAGCGUUUGUUUCGAUUAAUUAAUGUGAGAUGGAAAAAUCAACAAGUGAUCAAGAAAUUCAACAAAAAGUGGAAACUGCUUCAGUCACAAAUGCAAAUCAAAAUCAUGCUGAAAUUCAACAAUGGGAUCAAGAAGCUGCGAACACUUUGAGUAGUGGAAAUGGAAAUCAACAUAAAGAUCAGUUGGUAAAUAGCAUCAAAGAAAUGGCUGCAAGCUUGGAGCCACCCCUAUCAUCAAACAAGUGUUGUAUCUACAGGAUUCCAACUUGUCUUCGCAAAUUGAAUGAGGAAGCCUAUACUCCUGAGGUUAUAUCGAUAGGACCUUUCCACCAUGGCAGCAAAAGAUUAGAACCCAUGGAAAAGUUGAAACUAAAAUAUUUUCAAAGAUUCAUGCGGCGGAUUGAUGACUUCAACGUGGAGAUUUUAGUAAACGCCAUAAAGCUGAAUGAAGAAAGUGUGCGUAGUUGUUAUGCAGAAACCAUCAAGUUUAGCAGUGACGAUUUCGUGAAAUUAAUUUUGGUGGAUGGGAUCUUUAUUAUUGAAUUAUUCCACGAAAUAUGGUUCAAAGGAUCAAAUUGGAUUAUUCGUGAGAACCAUAUACUAUUAAACCCAAUAUCGUGGCAGACAAUUAUGUUGGACUUCCGGUUACUUGAAAAUCAACUUCCUUUCUUUGCUCUUGAGAUAUUAUUCACCCUUGCGGAUGUCCAUGUGCAUCCUUCCUUCACUUCACUCGCAAUUAAGGUCUUUGAGUUGGAGGGCAUUAAACAUCAGAAAUUUCCUGUGAAUCUUGGACAGCAACCAAUUAGACACUUUGUUGAUUUGACCAAAGCAUUGUUUCUUCCAUCAUCAAGAAAGCUAUUGUCACCACAUGAAAGUAAUGAUAUUCCUAGAUCAGCUGAUCAUUUAUAUACUGCAAACCAGUUGUACAAGGCUAGAGUGAAGUUUAAGGUGAGAUCAUGCAAAUACUUGCUUGAUCUAACAAGACACUUUGCUGAUUUCGCCAGAACAUUUUUUCUUCCAUCAUCCAGAAAGCUGCUAGUUCUACCGGAUGAAAGCAAUGAUCUUCCUAGUGCUGAUCAUUUAUAUUCUGCAAGCCAGUUGUACGAGGCUGGAGUGAAGUUUAAGGUGAGCGCAAGCAAGUGCUUACUUGACCUGAAAUUCACCAACGGAACGUUUGAAAUUCCAUGCAUUAAUCUUGAUAACGAGACGGAGACUACUUAUCGAAACAUCAUAGCAUUUGAGCAAUGCCAUUAUCCACAUGAUUCACAUUUUACAGACUACAUUGUGCUAUUGACUUUCCUAAUCAACACUCCCAAAGAUGCAGAUUUACUUAUUAGAAAAGGAAUCAUCAUUAAUUGGCUUGCCAACAGCAAUUCAGUAGCAUCUUUUAUCAAUAAUCUCGGGACGAAUAUUGUAUAUUUUAGUUGGAAAUGUGCUUAUCGUGGUUUGUUUCAAGAUUUGAAUGCAUUCUAUAGGAACACUAAGCAUACUUGGAAGGCUACCUUGAAACGUGAUUAUUUUGGCACUCCUUGGAAAAUAGCUUCUACUGCAGCUGCUGUUACCUUAUUGUUGCUCACCCUCGGACAAUUUAUAUGCUCAAUCAUCCAACUUGUGAAGAUGUGAAGAAGCUUUGUGCAUGAAAUUCUGGAACACUUAUAUGGGCUGAGAUUGGAGCA